GUGAUGCCUGAGUAUUUAAGAUUAUCCAGCUAAUAAUUGUUCUAUACAUAUAUGGGUCAUACAAACGGUUUAACUUCAUUGCAGGAGCAAUGAAUAUCAUAUGCGCAUGUGUUGCUACUACCUCUAUCUAUUUUACGGAUAUUUAAACAGCUUCUUAAUUCAAUUUGAUAGUAUUAACUAAAAAUCCUUUUCUAAAGCAACUUUAUUAACAAGUUUCCAAGAUGUCAGGUGGAAAGUGUAAAAAUUGUGGCUCAACCAAUAUAGAAACAGAUCCAGCUCGUGGAGAUGCAGUUUGUACAGAAUGUGGUUUUGUUCUGGAAGAUCAAAUUAUUGUAAGUGAAACAACAUUUGAAGAAACUGCUGCUGGUAACAUGAUGAUGCUUGGUCAAUUUGUUUCUAAUGAAAGUUCUGGUGGUGCAACAGGCUUUGGAGCAGGAUAUCUUGUAAGUGGUAAAGAAUCAAGAGAAAUUACUUUACAAAAUGCACGUAAAGGUAUUACACAUUUAUGUAGACAAUUACAGCUAAAUCAACAUUGUAUUGAUACAUCAGUUAAUUUUUAUAAAAUGGCAUUAAAUCGACAUUUAACUAGAGGACGAAAACAAGCUCAUAAUCAUGCUGCAUGUGUUUAUAUUACCUGUCGAACUGAAGGCACAGCACAUAUGCUUAUUGAUAUUAGUGAUGUGUUACAAAUUUGUGUACAUGAACUAGGAAGAACAUAUUUGAGAUUUACUCAAGCAUUAUGCAUUAAUAUACCUUCUAUGGAUCCAUGUCUGUAUAUAAUGCGUUUUGCAAAUAAACUUGAAUUUGGAGAAAAAACUCAUGAAGUAUCCAUGACUGCUUUACGUGUUGUUCAAAGAAUGAAAAGAGAUAGUAUUCACAGUGGUCGAAGACCAUCCGGUUUAUGUGGAGCAGCCUUGUUGAUGGCUGCGAGGUUACAUGAAUUCAAUAGAUCUCCUAAUGAUAUUAUUAAAAUUGUGAAAGUGCACGAGUCAACUUUAAGAAAAAGAUUAAUAGAAUUUGGUGAUACUCCAUCAAGUGCAUUGACUUUAGAUGAAUUCAUGACUGUUGAUUUAGAAGAGGAACAAGAUCCACCAGCAUUUAAGGCUGCUCGAAAAAAGGACAGAGAAAGAUUGCAAAAAUUAGAAAAUAUCGCUAAUGAAUUCACUGAACUUCAAUCGGAAAUCGAUCGGCAGUUAGAAGAGCAAAAAUCUAUAAAAGGAAAAACAAGAAAUUCAUGUGCAGAAGAAUUAGAUGCUGAUAGAUUUAUUAGAGAAUCAAAUUUAAAUAUUAUUAAACAAUGCGUUGGAAGUAAUCCUGAUGAUUCAGAUGAUUUAUUAAUCGCUAAUAUACAACAAAAUGAAAAUUCUUUGGUGACUGGGCUUGGUCCUGACAUAGCUUCAAUGGGAUUAACGACAUCUUUUCAUAAUAAGGAUAAUAUAAAUAAAGAAUCUUCUACAUUGUCGUUUGAAAAUAUGACUGGAGAAAUUGAUAUUACAGACCUAGACGAUGAAGAAUUAGACAGUUACAUUAUGUCUGAAAAAGAAGCACAAUUUAAAAGUAAUUUAUGGAAUAAAGUAAAUGAAAAAUAUUUAUUAGAACAGAAAGAAAAAGAAGAAAAAAGACAAAAAGAAAAGGAAGAGGGUAAGCCGGAAAAGAAAAGGAGAAGAACUACCUCUAAGAAAAAUAAAAAUCAAGGGCCAGCUAAUAGUGCUGGGGAAGCAAUUGAAAAAAUGCUGCAAGAGAAACGUAUAUCGUCCAAAAUAAAUUAUGAGGUAUUAAAAAGUUUAAAUGUUGGAAAUUGUUCUAAGACUCAGUCACAACAUAAAUCUGAUGAUGUAUCAUUUACUUCACCAAAAAAAAUAGAAAAGAAUGAAAUAUCGUCAGUUACUCUUGUAUCAUCCAAAAAGUUGCAACCGAAAGUAUUAGAAAAUAAUAGGAAAACUCCAAAUAUCAAAUUAGCUACACCUAGAAAAAUGAAAUUAUGUCAGUUAGAUACCGAAUCUUCACAAGUCACUGAAGAAUCUUUGUCAAUGUCAUAUUAUGAUUGUAAUAAUGAAACUGAUGAAAUUGAUGAUUAUCUGGAUGAUGAAGUAGAACCAGAACCAGAUCCUUCUGAAAUGUCUGUUGGUCAGUUACUUGGACGACAAAAUGAAGAUGGCGAUUAUGGAUACAGUUAUGAAGAAGAAGAUUAUUAAAAUGUUUAUUUAUUAUUACCUGAUAAUGAUAUUUAUUAUGAUAUGUAUAAGUAACUACAGUAUAUUUUAUACUUUUUAAAAAUUACAUUUGUUGAAACAUUUGACACUGAAGUCAACUAAAAGACUGAAAGGGUAAAAAUAUGAUUCUUAUAACU